CAGAUUUCGAUCAGGCAAAACGGAAGUCUGCUGUUUCCUGCCAGUAGUUGGGUCCUGUACAGCAGCCCGUGCGAGGCUGUCCUGGAGACCCCGCGCUGCCUGCACCUCUAUCGUCUCGGUUGUCAUGGAUGAUGAAGACGGCAGGUGCCUUCUAGAUGUAAUUUGUGACCCAGAAGCUCUCAAUGACUUUCUUCAUGGAUCUGAGACCCAUUUGGACACUGACGACCUUUUGGAUGGUUCGAGUGACCCCUCCAGCUCGUUCUUCUCUACCACUGGGGGCCAUGUUCCAGAGGUCCAGCCUGCAGUCCAGCUGUCGGCCAGUGAGCCGGCAGGCCUGCCCAGAGUCAGUGUGGACCUGGACUUCCUGGAGGAUGAAGACAUCUUGGGAGGAUCCCCAGGUGGUGAAGGUGGGAGCAAUGGCAUUGGGACAAAUCACGAGCCAUGUGACAUCCUUCAGCAGAGCUUGGCUGAAGCCAACAUCACAGAGCAAAGCUUACAGGAGGCAGAAGCUGAGCUGGACCUGGGCUCCUUUGGAAUUCCAGGCCUUACACAGGUGGUUCAGACGCUGCCUGAUGCCAGCCUCUCUGGGGCUGGAGGCACUGCUGUUGGUGUAGGCAUAGGAGUUGGUGUUGGGGGAGCAGCAGCAAUUUUCCCUGGUUCUGCUCCGAGCACCACUGCUACUCCCCCCAAUGCCACAGCUGACAUGCUGGGGUCAGUGCUUGCUCAGCAGGGCCUUCAGCUCCAAUCCCAGGUCAUGAACAAGGCCAUUAGCGUUCAGCCAUUUAUGCAGCCUGUGGGCCUGGGAAAUGUGACGCUUCAACCCAUUUCAAGUCUCCAAGCUCUUCCUAAUGGGAGUCAGUCUGGACAUUUGGGUAUUGGACAGAUUCAGGUUGUGGGUCAGCCCACAGUCAUGACUAUCAAUCAGUCUGGUCAGCCAAUCCUGGCUAAAGCCAUGAGUGGUUACCAGCUGCACCAGUCUGGGCCAGAGGUAUCAGGUGCUGGCUCUCAGGCGGGGCUUGGAGGCUCAGGAGGUGGACUUCUGAUCCAAGGUAACAAAGCCACUUUGGGAUCUCCAGCUUUAAAUGGACCGGCUGUUUGUGUCAGCACCACAAACAGCAGCAGUGGUGGUACAAUGACUGCUCCUGCUGGGCUUGUGGGCUUUGGCAGCAACCCUCUAAGUUCAGGAAUUGGACCCCAGACACAAACUCAAGGCCAAAUCAUGCAGAACGUAAUCAUCCAACGCACACCGACACCCAUUCAGCCUAAACCCCCUCAGGGGGGAGCCAUCCAAGCGAAACUCUUCAAACAGCAACAACAGCAGCAGCAGCAGCAGCCGCCACAGCCAACACCCCAACCCCUGCAAAACGAUGCCCACAAGGCUCUAGGGCUGCAGCAACUUCCAGUGUCUGCUGCACAGAAUGUAGCCUUCCUGACAGGAAAGCCAGGCUCUAACGUUGUCCUAAGUACUCAAGCCACAACACAAGGCCCCCAGUUUCAACAAACCCUGUUCAAGCAACAAGCAGCACAACCGUCUGGCAAGCCCCUCAGUGUACACUUAUUAAACCAAUCAGGCAGCAUCGUUAUUCCCCCUCAGACAGUUCUGCAGGGUCAGAACCACCAGUUUCUCCUGCCACAGCUACAGGCAGGCGGGCAGAUCCUGACCCAGCACCCUGGGGGUCACAUCAUAACUAGCCAGGGUCCUGGUGGACAGCUCAUUGCAAACCAGAUUUUAACUGCAAACCAGAACAUCAACUUGGGUCAGGUGUUGACUUCGCAGGGCCACCCUGGGGCUGCUCACAUCCUCUCUGGACCCAUUCAGCUCCAGCCUGGCCAGAUGGGCACACCCACCCUCUUUCAGAUGCCUGUGUCACUGGCUCAGAGUCAAAGCCAGACACAGACCCACACUGUCUCAGGUCAUGCCCAGACAGUCAUACAGGGCAUGCCUAUCCAGAACUCCCUGACCAUGCUGAGUCAAGUGGAGGGGCUGAGCCCAGCAGUCACCCUUCAGCCAGCCCUACAACCUCAGCCAGGUGGAGUCCCCAGCAGCAGCAGCACAGGAGCAGCAACCAUGGCUCAAGGCCAGCCUGGAGAGUGUGUCACUGUGCUCGGUAGCUCCACGGACCAGGCUGCUCAUCCCACUCAACAGCAUGUGCCACAGCCCUCUAUCCUGGCCAUGCAACCAACUUCCUCUGUGUCCACGGCUAUCACAGUACCCUCCUCUUCUCCGUCCAUGUCUGUGUCCACCUCCUCCUCUGUCACAGCGGUGGGGCUGGUCCCCCCUCAGGCUCAGCACAGUCCAGGGAGGUUACUGCUCACCAACCAGGGCUCCAGUAUGAUCUUGAGCCAGGAGUCUCUGCAGAUGUUCCUGCAACAGGAGCAGCACCACCAAACAGAGAAUGAGUCAACCCCCUCUGUGGGCGUACCAGCGUCUGUAAUCGUCAGCAGCAACAGCAUCACUGCUCUGGCCCCUGCUGUCCAUGACAGCCAAUUAACUGACUCUUGGGUGGGUCAGAGCCACAGUCCUUCCCCUGGCCCCUCCCACAUGACAGCAGUGGUAAAGCAGGUACCCUCCAGUGGACAUCAGCAGCCCCUGAAGAUCCAGGGCAUGUCUCCCUCAACAGCCUUGACCACUCACACCACAGCACCCCCAGUGGCUGACAGCCCUCAGCCUUCUCAGUCUCCGCUCACCCUGAGCCAGCAGAUCCAGUCACCACACCAUCAGCAGCAGUCGCGUCCUCCCUCUCAGCCUCAGCCACAGUCUCAAACUCCCUCCCGCUCCUGCACGCCCUCAUCUCACCCUCCACUCUUCAUAGUCCAUAACCAAAUCACAGAGUCUGCCCAACCAGCUCCGCAAGGCCAGCCGCAGCAGACACAACUCCAGCAGCCACACAUUCAAGUUCAGCUUCAGACUCAGCCACGGCCGGCCUCUCAGCCUGCCCCUUAUCAACAAGAUAUGCCUCCUAUGUCACAGUCACCUAAGCCUCCUGCACCACCUGCACAGCACCAGUUCACUGCGCCUCCUGUCAGCACUUCUGCUACUGCUGUAGUGAAAGCCCAGGUUCCCAUCCAGGGCCUGACAGCAGAGCAGCAGCACCACCUGCAAUUAGUAGGCGCGCAAAUUCAGACCCUGUCAGGCAUCACCCAGCCCUCGCCUCAACAGAAACAGUUGCUGGAUAAGCUGCACCAGGUCCAGCAGAACAUCCUGCUGCAGGCGAAGCAGCCCAUGCAGCCUCAGCCUCAGCCUCAGCCUCAAGCCACCAGUCAGUUCAGUUCCCAGCAAGAUGUGCCUGCUGAUAAAGUCGUGAUUGCAUCAACAGGCAGCAGUAGUACACCUGCUCAGCUUCCCUCAGUGCUGCAGCCGACGUCAGUGCUUGUCAAAACUCCUGCUACAGCAUCAAGUGACUUACAGGUAUUCUCAGGAGCCCAAGGGCCAGCUGGAGCAAUGGUGAAUCAGACUGUCACUCCUGCCAGCCUUACCCAGCCUGCACAGGUUCAGCCAAAGCCAGGAGUGAUCAGCUCAGUUGGAGGGAUGACUCUGGGAAAACAAGGGAUGCAGAUACAGGUGUUAGGAGCUAAUCUGACUCAGAUGCCUGCUCCACAGCCCCCAGCUCCAGCACAAACUCAGACAACAACAAUGAAGAUGCCUUUCAGCGCAGAGCCCAGCAAAGAAGCCAGGAUGCUAGAACAGCUGAGGAAACAGCAGGGUUCAGUGCUUCACCCAAACUAUAGUGCUCCUUUCCACUCUUUUGAGGACACACUGCACAGACUGCUGCCUUACCAUCUCUACCAGGGAACUGCCAACUCUUCUCAAGACUAUCAAAGAGUGGAUGAUGAAUUUGAGAGGGUCUCCAGCCAGCUGCUGAAAAGGACCCAGGCCAUGCUGGAUAAAUAUCGCUACCUGCUCUUUGCAGAGUCAAAACAGAGACUGGGCCCCUCGGCAGAGAUGGUGAUGAUUGACCGGAUGUUCAUUCAGGAGGAGAAGAUUGCAUUGAGUCAGGACAGGAUUUUGGCCAAGGAGAGACCAGAGGAGUUUGUUGCAAAUGCACGCAUGUUUGAGAGUGUAGUUUCAUCCCAAGAAAAAUCCUCUUCUGUUGAGCGCACCUCAAUGAGUGGAGGUGUAGCUGCUGCCCCUGCCCUUGCACCUGCUGCUCUUGCCCCAGCCCCAGCCCCUCUUCCAAACAUAAUCCCAAACCCUCUUCCUGCACCUAUCCCAAGUCCGGCUCCGGCUCCGGCUCCGGCUCCAGCUCCAGCUCCAGCUCCAGCUCCAGCUCCAGCUCCUGCUCCUGCUCCUGCCCCUGCUCCUCCAGCCACCACUUCUGUCACCCCUUUCCCUCCUACCAAACUGGUAAUAAAGCAGGGUGGGGGUGGAGCCUCUGUGUCUUGGUCCAGCAGCUGUCCACCACCUCCAGUUGCAGUGGGCAAGCAGGUGGCCGAACCCACCAACCAGAGCUCCUCCUUCAGUCGUACUCCAGCAGCAUCUUCCUCUUUCUCGUCCUCAUCCUUUAAUUCUCAAGCAGCUGACGAUGACGACGCUCUCCCACAGAGAACCAGCAAACCGCCUAUCAAGACCUACGAGGCUCGCAGGAGAAUCGGCUUGAAGCUGAAGAUCAAGCAGGAUCAAACGGGAUUCAGUAAGGUGGUCCAUAACACUGCCUUAGACCCAGUGCACACACCUCAGCCUCAGCAGAGCAGCCAGUCCAUAACCCAGUCUCAGACUCAGCCUCAGUCUGAGGCUGCUGUACCACAUCCAAAGUCCCACUCUUUAUCAACUCUUCCUACUACAGUCAUCAGAACUCAGUCUCCCAUAUGCACUGCUUCCUCUGCCUCAACAGUCACCAUAGCAGCCACUCAGUGUAACCCACCACUGAGAGGUAAUGUUCCCCCCAGUGCAGCCCCAUCUUCCUCUACCUCUUCCUCUCAUACUUGGUCGUCGUCAUCCUCCUCCACUACUCAAAUGAAUGGGACGUUGGAUCAUCACGAAAUGGGUGGGGCCAAACACAAUCCUGCCUCCACUGCCAAUCCCUCGCCGACAACCUGCCGCCUCCCCCUUCGAAAAACCUAUCGCGAAAACAUUAGUCCCCGGGUCCGACCGGGUGUCCCAGGGGGAGGAGACGAAAGUUUAUCCUAUCCCAGACCCACACCAUCACCCCCUAGGCACGAGGCCCCAUCUCCUCCCUCAGAACGGACAGUCAUAGCCAGUGUGAAGGUGGAGAAAAGAGGCAGGGAGGCCUUGCAUACUCACACAGAGUCAAGCCACGAAACAGGACGUUUAGGGAGUGCAAUGCAGGGGCUGGACGACGUGGACGAGGUGUUUAACCGUGGUAUCAAAACCACACAACACCAUCAUCUCCCACAGCUCCUAGACAAGGAAGGGGCAAAGGAGAGAGCAGAUGAGCACACAGACCAAGAGACAGAUGUAAGUACAUAUAAGAGGGCGGGUGGAAAAAAUAGACAUAGGGUGGGUGGGACAUUCAGAAUGGACCAGCAUGCCCCUGGGCCUCCCUCUCCCCAAUCGUCCUUCACACGAGACUCUUUGCUUCCUGCCAAACGCUGCAAAUCAGACUCCCCUGACAUGGAUAACGCCAGCUUCUCUAGCGGCAGCCCCCCAGAUGACUCUCUGAACGAGCACCUGCAGUGCGCCAUCGACAGCAUCCUAAAUCUGCAGCAAGAGCCCUCUGCCCGUGGGCACCCCAUUAAAGGGGGCAACAGCAGGCCUCACCAACACCAAAGCCAGCGCCCAGGGGGCUCGGCAGCUUCCUCCCACAGACCCUCAGUCCCACCCCCUUCUUCUGCUUCCUCAUCCUCCUCCUUGGCCCAGCACCCUCAGGUCGGUGGCCGUGGCCACAAUGGCAGCCUGGUGCCCCAGACUCAAAGCAGAUAACAGCCCCUCAGCCCCAGGCCAGACUGACAAGGGGGAACUAAGAGACAGAUUUGGAGGCAGGGGAAGGGGGGCACUGUGAAAACAGUAUCACUGUACUACUCUGCCAAGCUGUGUUGGCUUUGUUUGUCCAUUUGAAUUGUCCAGACAUUUCUUUGUCAUUUACAGCCUGAGGUAGACCCGUGGCAGAAUAAGUGUGAGUGUGGUCUAAGGUAAAACUGUCUCUGUGAGUUGCAGACUUGAAGAUGCCUGCCUUGUAUGUGUUCUGUCAGCCAAGCUUGAGAAACAAGAUGAAAUUGUCAGAGGUUGCUGUUCUCUAUUUCUUUCUCUCUUUCUCACUUUUGAUCUUUUCUUUCUCUCAUUCACUAUUCAUACAUUCCUUUCAUGUGGCCUGAGCACCAGUCCACAACGGUUAAUCUCCGGGUUUAAACAGUGUCCUAAUGAGCAUCAGGCAGCUUGUUCAAAGAGAAGACAGCAACUUUCUUUAACUUGGCUACAUGCAGCUGAGAGGCAAAAGAGAAUACAACCAGGUUCAUGCUGUAAAAGGUCAUACGUACACAUACAUACAGCAUCUUCCUUUAUUAAAUAAACAUAAUUCUCUUAUCACAAAGAUGAUGCUGCCCUGUCAAUGCAAACAGCAAAUGCUAAAAUGAAAAAAAUGUCCUUAAUCGAGAAUAAAUUUCAGAAUAUCAGUUACAGUGCUCCUACGGCAACAGGUCUUUGUCUUCAAUUUGCAAAAUCAAGUUAAUGUUUGCAUUUCAUAUAGACAUCACAUGCAUUUUACAGGAAAACAUGUUGAGAAAAUCAUUUGGACAAUUGUGAAGUUGUAUUCCUUUUGACUGAUCAUGGGUACUGUUGUACCAUACAGUCAAGAUGUAAAUGAACAUGUGAGGAAAUUCAUUUAUUUUCUGCUUCUAAUGUCAGAUGAUUUUCCAGGUUCUUGUUUUUAGACAAUGCCUCCACACACACACACCUGCCCCCCCCCUGUUACUCAUGAUGCCAGGUUAGGACUUUAUGCAUUUUAGUCAGCAGGGGGCAGGCCAGUUUUAAAUGUUGAUUUUCUGUGUUCUCAGUCUGUUUCAUAUUUCUGCAACUGUAUCCCUGCCUCCCGUGUGUGUGUGUGUGUGUGUUUUUUUUGUCGUUUUUAAGCCUGGUGGACAAUUCAAACACAAACACAGCACAAGCAUUGAAAUGGAAAAAAAGGAACAAUAAUAAUGUACAAAAAGACAGUGAGAGAAUUUGAAGUAUAGUAUUACAGAUUAAUUUUGUAUUGUAUUUAUUGUGUAUAAUGACACUUUUUAAAAAGAAAUGUACAUUUAGUAAAACUGUAAAUUAAACCUUGCUUCUUUUAUGAAA